GCACCCUGGAAACUACCAGUCACACCUAGGCAGGGAGCCUGCCCUCCUCCCUGAGUCGAGGAAGCAGGAAAAGGUGGCAGUGACAGGCAGUGGGCAGGUCUGCUGGGCAAUGGUGGCCGGAGCCUCAGCUAGGAUGGGCUCCUUCUGGGAGCUGACUCUGCCCCUUUUCUUCUUCUGCUGGGAGGCUGCGGCAUCUGCAGGCUCCAGCACCAGCCGACCAGGUUCUGCGGUGGCAGGGAACCACGCUGAAGCGCCGGCUGCGACUCGACGGCUCGGGACUGGCUCAGAGGGAGCCUUCCAGAUCACCAGCCUCACUGAGGCCUCUGUGCCCAGCCACAUCACUUUGGAAACGCAGGCCUUGAGCACCCACACCUCUGCUAGGACUUUAAUCCCAACCAGUACCAUUUCACAAGUAGAAACAAGGGGAACCAAGACCAUUUUUCCUGCAGCAGAGAUCAGGACCCUCACCAAAAUAAUACCUUCCAAGUUCGUGGCUGUGAUCACCACUCCCACAGAAACGUCAGCCACAAGUGGCAGCCCCACAGGAUCUGGAACCACAGCCAAGUCCGCCACAGGCAGUGAUCUCGCCUUUAACAUCCUUUGUAUUGAUGACAGCUCUGAAGAGGCAAAUAGGAUCACAAUUGACGUCCUGGCAUUGGCUCGCAUCUCUGCAGAGGCUGGGGUGCUGGCCUUGGGGAGCAGCACCUCUGACGGCUCCGUCCCAGCCACCAGCACCCCGCUGGCCCUGGUGCCUGACGUCACAGCUCUGGCUCACGCCUGGGCUGCCUACUCCCUCACUGACAUCGAGGUCACCAACUGCAGCAUUUUAGAAAUAGAAACAACCACUACCACCCCUGGGACCUCAGACAUAGAUCACAGCCCCCCAGGAGGAAAGGUCCUGUCCAUCCCUGAGACGUCAACUUUGCCUGACUCCACUGAUGCAAAAUCCCACCUCACAGAGCCCACAGCCUCUGCUGAGACCUUGUCAGCUGCUGGCACCACAGAAUCAGCCACUCCUGACACCACAGUUGAGACCCCAGGACCCACUAAGAGCACUACAGAAGGAGAAACAGCAGCAGCCAAGGCCACUGCCCCCAGUGGAGCUUUGGUGACAGUUAGCAUGAACCCCUUGGGAGAGACCUCAGCCCUCCCUGCUGAGGUGAGCCACACCGUACUCUCAGGAGCAGUUACAGUCUCCACAGAGGCUCAGGCAACAGGGGAUGAAACAGCUUCCCCUGCUCUGCCCUCAGCCAUGGUCUGCAACCUCUCAGAGGUCGCCACUGCCGAGAACAGCCCCCUGGAGGCUUCUACCACAGGCAGCACAAGCCCCGGGCCCAUCCCCUUCAGCAGGAGCCCUCUUCCUUCUGUCCAUCUGACUAUAGCCAAUGGCAGCAGAGAAACAAACAUUGCCUUAGCCAAGACCACAGCCUCAGCCAAGAUCUUGAAGACAGCCAGCACAGCCAGAGGGAAGCCUCCACCAGCCAUGCCCCCCACUGCUCGGACAAGGUGGGCCACAGAAGUCACCGCAGGUAGGGAUGGAGGCUUCCUCCUCCUGCGGCUGAGUGUGGCCUCCUCAGAAGACCUCACUGACCCAGAGGAGGCAGAGAGCCUAAUGCAGCAGCUCCACCACGAACUGCACGCCCACAUGCCUUCCACCCAAGUCUUCCUGCUGUGCGUCAGGAGGGGCUAAAGAACAUUAGGUCUGGGCCCUAAUGCCUAAUGCCUAUGGCCUGGGCCCACCACAGGCUGGAGCCACUUUCCUGUGCUGAGAUGUACCUGGAAGGUUCCCAUGGAGGUCAGCUAGUCUAAGCCCUUACCCAGCCAUGGCAGCAGGACCCUGGCUCACAUAUGCCUGAGUGUGCGUGUGGGGGGGGGAGGGGGGAGUGGCAGGACUUCCCUCAGCACAUGUACCGCGUUUCAGGAAGAGUGGCCUGAUUGCCUAUCCAUCACCUUCUGUGCACUUCCAUCCUACAUUAAAAUCACACUCCAUGUGGCACAGAGGUUA